CCAGAAGAAGCGUGGCUGCGGGACUAUUUUUUGGCUCGGAAGGGAACGCACCAAAACUUCCGGGGAGGGCUCAUCCGUACGCGUCACUUCCGGCGGGCCGGGCCGCGAGGAGCGGGGCUCUGGCGGGGGGAGCGGCCCCGGCCGGGACAGCGACAGCGGCGCUCGGCAGCGCGUCCCCUCACCCCGCCCGGCAGCGCCGCCGGGGGAUGCGCCUCGGCCCCCGGCACAGCCCCUGAGCCCCCCGGCCGCCCGCUCCGCCCUGCGCUCCCGGCGGCGGCGGCGCCCCCCUCCCCCUGCGGCCAUGGCGGGGGGCGGCGGGUCGCGCUACGCGGCCGAGUUCGUGCCGCCGCCCGAGUGCCCCGUGUUCGAGCCGAGCUGGGAGGAGUUCAGCGACCCGCUCGGCUUCAUCGGCCGCAUCCGCGGCCUGGCCGAGAAAACCGGCAUCUGCAAGAUCCGGCCCCCCAAGGACUGGCAGCCUCCAUUUGCAUGUGAAGUACAAAGUUUUCGAUUCACUCCACGAAUUCAGCGCCUGAAUGAGCUGGAGGCAAUGACAAGAGUGAAACUGGACUUCUUGGAUCAGUUAGCAAAAUUUUGGGAGCUCCAAGGAUCAAAUUUAAAAAUCCCUGUGGUUGAGAGAAAAAUACUGGAUCUCUAUGGUCUGAGCAAGAUUGUUGCCAACAAAGGAGGCUUUGAAGUAGUGACCAAAGAGAAGAAAUGGUCUAAAGUGGCGAGUCGGCUUGGCUACCUGCCAGGAAAAGGCACGGGCUCGUUGCUCAAGUCUCACUACGAGCGGAUCCUGUAUCCCUACGAGCUCUUCCAGUCCGGGGUCAGCCUCAUGGGCAUCCAAAAGCCUAACUUGGAUCUGAAGGAAAAAGUGGAGGCCGAGGACCUCAGCUCAGAUGGCCAGGCUUCCCCAAAGCAGGCUUCAAGGAUGAAUGUUAUGCUGAAGAGAACCAGGCGUGUCAAAUCCCAGGCAGAGGCAGGAGAAAUGAGUAGAAACACUGAACUAAAGAAGCUGCAGAUCUUUGGAGCUGGACCCAAGAUGAUGGGACUGUCAUUGGGAGCAAAGGAUAAAGAGGAUGAGGUGACGCGAAGGCGCAAGGGACCCAGAUCAGAAGCAUUUGGGAUGCAGAUGAGGCAGCGAAAGGGAACUCUUUCUGUCAACUUCGUGGAUCUCUAUGUUUGCUUAUUUUGUGGUAGAGGAAAUAACGAGGAUAAACUGCUGCUGUGUGAUGGGUGUGAUGACAGCUAUCACACUUUCUGCUUGAUUCCUCCUCUUCCUGAUGUACCCAAGGGUGACUGGAGGUGUCCAAAGUGCGUUGCUGAGGAAUGCAACAAACCCCGAGAGGCCUUUGGAUUUGAACAAGCUGUCAGGGAAUAUACUCUCCAGAGCUUUGGUGAAAUGGCUGAUAACUUCAAGUCUGAUUAUUUCAACAUGCCGGUCCAUAUGGUUCCCACUGAGCUAGUAGAAAAAGAGUUCUGGCGAUUAGUGAGCAGCAUAGAAGAAGAUGUUAUUGUGGAAUACGGGGCCGAUAUCUCGUCCAAGGACUUUGGGAGUGGCUUCCCAGUGAAGGAUGGCCGACGAAAGCUGAUGCCAGAGGAGGAGGAUUAUGCUCUCUCUGGUUGGAACUUGAACAACAUGCCCAUUCUCGAGCAGUCGGUGCUUGCUCACAUCAAUGCAGACAUCUCUGGCAUGAAGGUGCCCUGGCUGUACGUAGGGAUGUGCUUCUCCUCCUUUUGCUGGCAUAUUGAAGACCACUGGAGCUAUUCCAUCAACUACCUGCAUUGGGGAGAGCCAAAGACGUGGUAUGGUGUGCCCUCUCACGCAGCAGAGCAGCUGGAGGAUGUGAUGAAAGAAUUGGCUCCUGAGCUGUUUGAGUCCCAGCCUGAUCUCCUGCACCAGCUGGUCACUAUUAUGAACCCCAAUGUGCUGAUGGAACAUGGUGUACCAGUUUUCAGGACCAAUCAGUGUGCUGGCGAGUUUGUUGUGACCUUUCCUCGUGCCUAUCACUCUGGAUUUAACCAGGGAUACAACUUUGCUGAAGCUGUGAACUUCUGCACUGCUGACUGGCUCCCCAUUGGACGUCAGUGUGUCAGUCACUACCGGAGGCUGGGACGUCACUGUGUGUUCUCCCACGAGGAGCUGAUCUUCAAGAUGGCAGCAGAUCCAGAGUGCUUGGAUGUGGGGCUGGCUGCCAUGGUCUGCAAGGAGAUGACUCUGCUGAUAGAGGAGGAGACACGGCUGAGGGAGACUGUUGUACAGAUGGGAGUGUUGAUGUCUGAGGAAGAGGUGUUUGAGCUGGUUCCAGAUGAUGAACGUCAGUGCACAGCUUGCAGAACCACGUGCUUCUUGUCAGCCCUUACGUGUUCCUGUAAUCCCGAGCGCCUGGUGUGCUUAUACCAUCCCUCUGAUCUGUGUCCCUGUCCCAUGCAGAAGAAGUGUCUAAGGUACCGCUAUCCACUAGAAGACCUUCCUUCUUUGUUGUAUGGCGUGAAAGUUAGAGCGCAGUCUUACGACACUUGGGUCAGUAGAGUUACAGAGGCUCUGUCUGCCAAUCUCAACCACAAGAAAGAUGUGAUUGAGCUGAGAGUAAUGUUGGAGGAUGCUGAAGACAGGAAAUACCCGGAGAACGAUCUUUUCCGCAGGCUCCGAGAUGCUGUGAAAGAAGCAGAGACCUGUGCUUCAGUAGCACAGCUGCUUCUGAGCAAAAAGCAAAAACACAGCAGAGUGAGCCCAGACAGUGGGAGGACACGGACCAAGCUGACUAUGGAGGAGCUUAAAGCAUUUGUGCAGCAGCUGUUCAGCUUGCCAUGUGUUAUCAGCCAGGCCCGACAAGUCAAGAAUCUGCUCGAUGAUGUGGAAGAAUUUCAUGAGCGUGCUCAAGAAGCUAUGAUUGAUGAGAUCCCAGACUCUUCCAAGCUGCAGGAGUUGAUAGACAUGGGCUCUGGCCUUUAUGUUGAACUUCCAGAACUGCCAAGGUUGAAGCAAGAACUGCAGCAGGCACGGUGGCUGGAUGAGGUGAGGUCCACCCUCCUGGAUCCCCAGAGAGUCACCCUGGAUGUGAUGAAGAAGCUGAUUGACUCUGGUGUGGGCUUGGCACCACAUCACGCUGUAGAAAAAGCCAUGGCUGAGCUGCAGGAGCUGCUCACAGUCUCAGAGAGGUGGGAGGAGAAGGCCAAGGUCUGCCUGCAGGCCAGACCACGCCAAAGUAUGAUGGCUCUGGAGGGCAUCGUGAAUGAAGCAAAGAACAUCCCUGCUUACCUGCCCAAUGUGCUGGCACUGAAAGAAGCCCUGCAGCGGGCUAGAGACUGGACAGCCAAAGUGGAGGCCAUUCAGAAUGGGAGCAACUAUGCAUACCUGGAGCAGCUGGAGAGCUUGUCUGCCAAAGGCCGCCCCAUCCCGGUGCGCCUGGACGCCCUGCCCCAGCUGGAGUCGCAGGUGGCCGCAGCUCGGGCCUGGAGGGAGCGCACAGGGAGGACCUUCCUCAAGAAGAAUUCCAGCUACAGCCUGCUGCAGGUUCUGAGCCCACGGACUGACAUCGGUGUUUACGGGAGCAGUAAGAACAGGCGGAAGAGGGCGAAGGAGUUGAUGGAGAAGGAAAAGGAGAAAGAUCUUGACUUGGAAUCCCUGAGUGAACUGGAGGAUGGGCUGGAGGAGGCCAGGGAUGCUGCAGCUGUGGUGGCUGUAUUCAAGGAGCGGGAACAGAAGGAAAUUGAAGCCAUGCAUGCUCUCAGGGCAGCCAACCUGGCCAAGAUGACCAUGGUGGACAGAAUCGAAGAGGUCAAGUUCUGUAUCUGCCGCAAGACGGCCAGCGGGUUCAUGCUGCAGUGCGAGCUGUGCAAGGACUGGUUUCACAGCGGCUGCGUGCCCCUGCCCAAAAGCAGCUCCCAGAAGAAGGGCUCCAGCUGGCAGGCCAAGGAGGUGAAGUUCCUGUGUCCCCUGUGCAUGCGCUCGCGCCGGCCGCGGCUGGAGACCAUCCUGUCCCUGCUGGUGUCCCUGCAGAAGCUGCCCGUGCGCCUGCCCGAGGGGGAGGCCCUGCAGUGCCUGACAGAGCGAGCCAUGAGCUGGCAGGACCGGGCUCGGCAGGCCCUGGCCACCGACGAGCUGUCCUCUGCCUUGGCCAAGCUCUCUGUGCUCAGCCAGCGCAUGGUGGAGCAGGCAGCUCGUGAGAAAACAGAGAAGAUCAUCAGCGCAGAGCUGCAGAAGGCGGCGGCCAACCCCGACCUGCAGGGACACUUGACAAGUUUUCAGCAGUCAGCCUUUAACAGAGUGAUAGGGAGUGUGUCCUCAUCCCCACGGCAGACUUUGGAUUAUGAUGAUGAAGAGACAGACUCUGAUGAAGACAUCAGGGAGACAUAUGGCUAUGACAUAAAGGACAAUGCCAGUGUGAAGUCUUCCAGCAGCCUGGAGCCCAAUUUAUUUUGUGAUGAGGAAAUCCCCAUUAAAUCAGAGGAGGUGGUGACACACAUGUGGACUGCUCCCUCGUUCUGUGCUGAGCACGCCUAUUCCUCUGCUUCUAAAAGCUGCUCUCAAGCUUCUAGCACUCCAAGGAAGCAGCCUCGGAAGAGCCCUCUGGUACCUCGCAGUUUGGAGCCCCCUGUGUUGGAGCUGUCACCUGGAGCAAAAGCUCAGCUGGAAGAUCUGAUGAUGGUUGGAGAUCUCCUGGAGGUGUCCCUGGAUGAAACUCAGCACAUCUGGAGGAUUUUGCAGGCCACUCAUCCACCCUCUGAGGACAGGUUUCUUCAUGUCAUGGAGGAUGACAGCAUGGAUGAGAAACCACUGAAAAUGAGAGGGAGGGACUCUUCUGAGAGGAAGCGGAAACGAAAACUGGAGAGAGCAGAGCAGUUCUUUGGAGAUAUGAAGCAGAAAUCUAAAGAGCUGAAAAAACUGGAAAAACCCAAGAAGAAGAAGCUGAAACUCACCAUGGACAAGACAAAAGAGCUGAACAAGCUGGCAAAGAAACUGGCUAAGGAGGAGGAGAGGAAGAAGAAGCAGCGAGAGAAGGCAGUUGUGGCAAAGGUAGAACUGGCAAAGGAGAGCACAGAGAAAAAAAGAGAGAAGAAGGUUCUGGAUAUUCCUUCCAAGUAUGACUGGUCAGGAGCAGAGGAGUCGGAUGAUGAGAACGCUGUGUGUGCUGCUCAGAACUGCCAAAGGCCCUGCAAGGACAAAGUGGACUGGGUGCAGUGUGAUGGGGGCUGCGAUGAGUGGUUCCAUCAGGUGUGUGUCGGGGUCUCCCCAGAGAUGGCUGAGAAUGAGGAUUACAUCUGUAUAAACUGUGCAAAGAAACCCCUGCAGGGGCCCAGCAGCCCUGCCCACGCCCCACCUCCUCCCUUCUUGCUGAGCUACAAACUACCAAUGGAAGAUCUCAAGGAGGCGAGUUAGCAGCUGCUCGAUGCCCUGAACUUGUUGGGAAAUGGACCACUGGAACCCUUCAGGAGGAGAGGGUUUGAAGCUGAUGUAGCCCCUGAGCUUCUCUUGCCAGGAUGGACAGAUGUGCAGCGGAGUUGGCCCGUUCCUUACAGCUGGCUUCCUUGGGACAGCGGGAGCGCCUCUGGCACACAGACACUGCCUGCUCUGGCAGACAUGGCCUGCUCUAUCAGCCAGGCACUGCCUGCCCUGGCACACAGACACCCCCUGCCCUGGCACACAGACACCCCCUGCCCUGGCACACAGACACCCCCUGCUCUGGCACAUAGACACCCCCUGCUCUGGCACACAGACACCCCCUGCUCUGGCACACAGACACCCCCUGCUCUGGCACACAGACACCCCCUGCUCUGGCACACAGACACCCCCUGCUCUGGCACACAGACACCCCCUGCUCUGCCAGGCUCCCCCUGCUCUGGCACACAGACACCCCCUGCUCUGGCACACAGACACCCCCUGCUCUGCCAGGCUCCCCCUGCUCUGGCACACAGACACCCCCUGCUCUGGCACACAGACACCCCCUGUUCUGGCACACAGACACCCCCUGCUCUGCCAGGCUCCCCCUGCUCUGGCACACAGACACCCCCUGCUCUGGCACACAGACACCCCCUGUUCUGGCACACAGACACCCCCUGCUCUGGCACACAGACACCCCCUGCUCUGGCACACAGACACCCCCUGCUCUGGCACACAGACACCCCCUGUUCUGGCACACAGACACCCCCUGCUCUGCCAGGCUCCCCCAGCUCUGCCAGGCUCCCCCAGCUCUGGCUCCUGCUGCGUUCUCCAGCCAGCUCCAGCGCUGUGACACUAGCGAGUGCAGACACCUGCGGCCGUGGCUGUGGCUCUCCAGGACUGAGCAGACUCGAGGCUGUUCGAUUGGGCACCUCAGGGUGUUAGCAGAACAAGCUGGCAGUGGAGCUGGCCUGGAACUGUGGGCACAGGCUGCAGCUCUCACACCUACCAGGUUGAGGGGACCUGGCAAUCUGUCUUUGGCCUCGCCGUGCCAGCCCAGUGUGCGGAGCAGUGUCUUGGGAGAACGAAAUUGCCUCCGUAUCCAGGCAGCUAACACUACACUGUAAGGGUGGGAGCAAGUGGAUGAAUUUAUUUUAAUUUCUCUUGUAGCUAAGGGGCAGAGGAGCUCAUAAUCUCAGAAAUCAGCAAAGGUUCUGUUUACCAAAAAAAGAAACCCAACUCUACUCCACUAGGCAAAAUUUUUUCCUCAGUGGGAAACAACCGAUCUUCCUGUCCUGAGGAGGGCCAGAAAGCAUUGAUAAUGUUUAGCUAGACCAGAACUUGGGAAGAGCAGAGUGCUUCCCUUUCCACAGGGAUGCUCUCUCCUGUUCUAAGCUUUGCUUAGAGUUCUGCACUCCUGCACGUUACAGUUGCGUGGCGCAGGAUGGAGCUGGCAAGGAGGUACAGCGCCCAGGGCACGGCUUCUGAGAUCUGUGCCCAGGGAUGGGGAGGAAAGAAGACAGCCCACUUACCUCAGAGGUCACACUGACAUGUGCUUCUGUGAAAAGUUUCACUCACAACUCUUUCCAGUAUCACCAGGCUACGGGCAUGGCCUCCUGUGAUACCAGCAAGCAGUCUGCAGAUACUGUUCACAGUGCAAACCCCUCCCUGCUGGCUUGGCUGGAUGUGUUCCAGCCUACAUCAGCAACAGUUCUUGUCUGAAGUUGCCCCUGGCUUUGCCAGAGGACCAGAGGGCUUGGGGUCAUCCUGGGUGACAGUUGUUUUAGUAAAUCCAUUUUUAAAGAAGGACUUGUUUUUACUUUUUUCUAAAUGUCUCAGACUACUGACUUGUUCUAUAAAUAGAUUAUUUUUCUUUGAUUUUUUUAUACUUACCACUGUUAACCAGCAGCACAGACAGAGGUUCACAAAGCAAAAACCUGCCCGUGGGCUUGGGUUUUUUUACUCCAUUCCUUCCUUGUAGUACAAGGAAUUAGCAGUUACCUUCCCCAUUCUAGCUUGACCAGCUGCCUGUGUUUAAAUAGGUAAAUACAUUUCAUGUGCUACCUUUGUGUUUGGGUUUGUUCCUAUUAGUGGGGCAUCUGGGCCUUAAUGACUCCAGUGGAUGCUGGCCUGGUGUAUGUGAAUGUCUGAAGUCAGCCCCUGGGCUGUCUUGUCCCCCUCUCCACUCGCUCCCUAUUGUGUUUCCAUUCUUCUGCAGUUCUAGGAGUGUUGUAAGUAGUGUCCAGUCUUACUAGGAGCUGGAUUGGGAUUUAAAGAAAUAUUGACAAAAACAAAAGUGUGCUGUCUUGACUGUUCUGUGUCCCUUCUCUUGUUCUCUGAUAUUUGGAAGUUUAUUUAUCUGGCAGAAUUAUCCAUCCAAAAAAAAACAAACAAACCAGCUCAGCUCAGGUAGACAGAA